AUGAUUUGGAAGUUCAAUAAAUUCAAAAAAUACUUCUAUGACAUAUUUGCUCAUAAAUUAAAAACUCCCCCAAAUGCUUCCUUAGGUUUUCUAUCAUCUGCAUAUUACUACACUGAAAUGGACAAUACAAUUAAACAGAAUUAUAUUAAAUCUGCAUAUAUCAACUCUAAAUUGUAAUAUUUUUAAAUAUCAGAUCUUUGGAAUUUCUCAAUCCAUAAAGUGAUCAAACUAGAAUCUAAUAUUAGAAAAUUAACAUGAAAUCAAUUCUAUUUACACUUAAUUAAUUAAUAGAAUCUUAAAGUUAAAACAAAAGAUUCUAUUCUAAGUUUUUAUGGAGAAUGUUCCAUUAAACAAUAUCAAUAAGUAAGUUCUUAGAAAUAACUAUUUUAUAAAUUCUACAUUUAUUGGAUUUACUCAAGUUAGAAAGAAUUCAAUACAAUUUACUUAACUUACAGAUACACUCCAUAAAAUGGCCAAAUUACUCUUAUCUAUACAUAGAUAAAUAAUAUCCAGAGGUCAUUUUUAUCAUAAAUAGAAAUGAAUUCUUGUUUAAUAAUGAAGAACUAGAAAACAUCAAUGAAUGCAUCUAAAUGCUAAAUGGAAUUUCAAUAUAUAAAAAAGUCAAUCAUUUAAUUACAGUUGAGAAAGUAAUAUUUAUGACAGAUUUUUGUAAAUAUUAGAGGUUGGAAAAGUCGUAACAAGUCAUUUCUAAUUUAUAAUAAAUUGCCAUUGUAAUAUAUUAAAUAAUUAAGAAUACCAUCUUGAGAUAUUUUAAUCCAAUUGUGGGACUAAAUUCAAAUUAAUGAUUAAGGAGAAUAAAAUCACUGAUGGAUCUUUGGAAUAGUUCACUAUUGGUUUUAUGCUGAAAUAAAAAAGUAAUAAAACUGUGAUAGUUUCAAUUUGAUUAAACUAAAANAUGGUCAAUUAUUGUAUUUUCAUCUUAAUUUAUCAAAUUUACAAUUAAAAAGAAUAGGUGUCAAAAAUCAAUAUUGCAGAAAAUAAAUUAUUGAAGAUAUCAAGUAAUUAAUAAUUUUUAAACUAUUUGGUCAAAAAUGCAAUGAACUCUCAAAAAAUACCUCCUCUUCAACUAUAAUUAAUUGUAGACUACUCCAAAUUAAACCAUUGAUAACCAAAAUUUUCAAAUCAAUGCUAAUUAAGAUAAAAAAUUUGAUAGUACUCCUUAAAAUCAGUUUGGAUGGGAACCUAGAAUUGUCUUUAAUGAUUAUCAGACAUUUAUAAAUGAAUUUGCAAAGAAUGUCAAAAAAACAUAUAAUGUUUUAUGCAAAAAAUUUUGAACAAAUGAUUUAAUUACAAUUGCAUUAAUUAGAAUUGAUAGUUUUCACUAAAGAUAAAUGAUUUGGAAGUUCAAUAAAUUCAAAAAAUACUUCUAUGACAUAUUUGCUCAUAAAUUAAAAACUCCCCCAAAUGCUUCCUUAGGUUUUCUAUCAUCUGCAUAUUACUACACUGAAAUGGACAAUACAAUUAAACAGAAUUAUAUUAAAUCUGCAUAUAUCAACUCUAAAUUGUAAUAUUUUUAAAUAUCAGAUCUUUGGAAUUUCUCAAUCCAUAAAGUGAUCAAACUAGAAUCUAAUAUUAGAAAAUUAACAUGAAAUCAAUUCUAUUUACACUUAAUUAAUUAAUAGAAUCUUAAAGUUAAAACAAAAGAUUCUAUUCUAAGUUUUUAUGGAGAAUGUUCCAUUAAACAAUAUCAAUAAGUAAGUUCUUAGAAAUAACUAUUUUAUAAAUUCUACAUUUAUUGGAUUUACUCAAGUUAGAAAGAAUUCAAUACAAUUUACUUAACUUACAGAUACACUCCAUAAAAUGGCCAAAUUACUCUUAUCUAUACAUAGAUAAAUAAUAUCCAGAGGUCAUUUUUAUCAUAAAUAGAAAUGAAUUCUUGUUUAAUAAUGAAGAACUAGAAAACAUCAAUGAAUGCAUCUAAAUGCUAAAUGGAAUUUCAAUAUAUAAAAAAGUCAAUCAUUUAAUUACAGUUGAGAAAGUAAUAUUUAUGACAGAUUUUUGUAAAUAUUAGAGGUUGGAAAAGUCGUAACAAGUCAUUUCUAAUUUAUAAUAAAUUGCCAUUGUAAUAUAUUAAAUAAUUAAGAAUACCAUCUUGAGAUAUUUUAAUCCAAUUGUGGGACUAAAUUCAAAUUAAUGAUUAAGGAGAAUAAAAUCACUGAUGGAUCUUUGGAAUAGUUCACUAUUGGUUUUAUGCUGAAAUAAAAAAGUAAUAAAACUGUGAUAGUUUCAAUUUGAUUAAACUAAAAUUAUUGUCACAAUUUAAUUCCUCAAAAGUUGGACAUGAACCUUAAGCAAACACUCCAAUUACAACUCCAAUAAAUUAACCAAAGAAGUUCAAGACUCCUUUGAAAAGGUUAAGAUCAUCCUUUGCAGAUUGAGUUUUGAUAGACUUAGAUCAGAAGAGUUUAAUUGUUGUGAGGAACUAUUCAAUCAUGACAAUUUGAUUUUGAUGAUGAAGACUAUGGGUUACACUUAAUUCCUUAAAGCUUAUAAUAGACAACAAGCAAUUGAUUUAGUCAAAGAAAAACAAGGACAAAUUUCUAUAAAUAAUUAUGGAUUUAGAUAUGCCUAUAAUGGGAGGAAUAGAAUUAUGUUUGUAUAAUUUUUAUUAAGGCGACAAGAAUUUUAGGUACAAAUGAUGUUGGACUAAAAUUAGAGUAUAUACCAAUAAUUGGUUGCACUGCUUAUGAUGACAAGGAAGCCGUUGAUAAGUGCAUUUAGAUUGGAAUGCUUUAUGUUGUGGUGA